GAAAGGUACACACUAUAUUGGGGAUUGAGCGGCCAAAGAAAACGGAGGCGUAAGCAACAGUGACGCUAGAGGAAGAGAAGGAGUGCAUAUUCAGAGAAACCAUGUUAGCUUUGCAAAGAGUUUUCCGGACGAUCCAUACCACCAUCGAUGCUCCUCAAAUUACCACUUUCGCUCUUCGCGCCCCCAAAUAUGUAGAGGUUAAAUUUGCAGAUGGAAGUGUGUUCAACUUGUCAGCCGAAUUCUUGAGAGUAUAUAGUCCAGCUGCUGAUGCUAAAGUCCGGUCAAUGGGGGGUGAAAAGGUAAUUUCUGGACGACGUCAUGUCUGUAUCAUGUCUGCCGAACCAGUUGGGAACUAUGGGGUAAGGAUCCUUUUUGAUGAUUUGCAUAGAACUGGGAUUUAUUCGUGGGAUUAUUUCUAUCACCUCGGGAGCAACAAAUUUACACUCUUGAGAAAUUAUGUUAAAACACUAAAGAAGCAUGGGCUGAGCCGAGAUCCACCAAAGAGAAAAUGAUGAAGAAAUCAACUGUCUCCGGCCAUGAGCAUCGUAUAUUAGAUAAUCAUGAGUGUUUGAGUCAACCGACAAGCUCCUUAGCGAAUCUUGUAAUGAUUAGAUGGGAUUUGUUGCUAUUUAGCAGGGACCUGGAAGAUAAAAGAAGACCAAGUCGUCUCAUCAGCACUGGCUGAUGAAAAAGAUUCAAUUGUUGUACUAGGCAACAGAAAGAAUUUUCCAAGUCUUCUGCUUCAAAUCUUACCUAUAAGCUAUAUGCAUCAAAUGACCUCUUAGGCUGAACCUGAGCGUGGAAAUAGACAUGUUGCUGUAACUCCUCGCAAGAUUAUCUUAUGAAUCAAGUUAAACUACAAAUUAGGACUUAUAUUUAGAUGGUUUAAUUAUGCCCAUGAGAUAUCUUCUUGUCUCUAUCACUAGCAUUUUUCAUUACUGAUGAUGUUACAUGAUUAUUUAUUAGUCGAAGGCUAAUUACUUUGUUA